AUUUCCGGAAUCUCCAUGGACCGACUGGGCAAGCGCGCUGUGUGAUGAAGUGGUUUCCGCUCACAAUGUACCAGCUGUAAACAUGGCGGAGGAUCUACUGGAGGCAGUGGAGAAGUUGCAGUCACGGCUUUCAGAGACCCAGGAGCCUCGUAAGCUGUUGAAAACACUUAAGAGACUGGGAGAACUGCCUAUAACAGUGGACAUUCUUGUGGAAACGGGUGUUGGAAAGGCUGUGAAUUCUCUGCGCAAACAUAACAUUGUGGGGGAGACAGCAAAAGAUCUUGUGGCCAAAUGGAAGAAGCUGGUACCUCAGUCUGCAGAUAGCAGACCAAGUAAUGCUAAAGAGGCUCGUUCCCACUCACGUCCAGACAAGGCCAGAGGUUACAAACGCAUACGAGAACCUUCACCAGAACAACCGCCACCUGUGGAGGAUGAGGAAGAUGAAGAAGAAUAUCAUCACGAUUACUCCCCCUCUUCCCAACAGAACUACAGUCAACAGUACAGCCACAGACGUUUAGGGGGCUAUCAGUCAGAGGAAUACGAGAGUCCGGUAGAUGAGCCGGUACCAAGUCCUCCACAAAAACAAAUUGGACACAGCAAGUCACACAGGGAUCAAGCCAGAGAACAUGGCUCUCAUUCUUCCAGGGAACAGCAGAGGCAGAAUCGCUCAGCUCAGGUUCAGAGUGAGGCACAGAUUCGCCAUAAUAGGGAACAGAAAGAAAUAACAACACCCCCAUCAUCCAAACGCAGUCAUCAGUCCUCCAUACAGGAAAGUAGAAAAGAAAAGAAAAGAGUCAGUGAUGGCAGGGAAAAAAGAGACAAGCCAGAGCCCGAGCAAGAUGAUGAUGAAGAGAAUUCCUUUGAAACGCCCACUAUGUCUUUUGAAUCCUUUCUCACAUAUGAUGAACCUACUCACAGUAAGAAAAAGAAGAAACUCUCUCGACCAUCUCAGCCUAUUACCCCUGUUGCCUCAGUAUCCUCCAAGUCUAAUAAAGCUAAUGGAACUAGCUUUAAACGGCCUGAGCCAUCAGUACCCACACCAACAGUACCAACGAAGGAGAAACGCAGGAAGGUUCUCCCUCAGAUCAUUGAUGUGGUUCCUGCUCUACCUGAUAUUCCUUUGCCAGCAAUUCAGCCCAACUACAGACCCCUCCCCUCAAUCGAUGUUACACCUCUGUCACCACAGAGACGUAAAGUUCCAGUUGCAUAUGAGGAAGAGGAUGCUGGCUUUACUGGGCGUAGAUUCAACUCUAAAAUGGUUGUGUACUCUGGCUCAAAGACCGCAUACUUGCCCAAGAUGAUGACUCUAUAUGAGCAGUGCAUUAGAGUUCUGCAAAACCAUAUUGAUUCAAUUGAUGAAGUCGGCGGUGUGCCUUAUGAGAUUUUGGAGCCAGUUUUGGAAAGAUGUACUCCAGAACAGUUGUACCGCAUUGAACAGUGUAACCAGUCAUUUAUAGAGGAGUCAGAUGAGCUGUGGAUGAAGCACUGUAAGCGGGACUUUAAGCGCGAGUCUCCUCAGGAGUAUGAGACCUGGAGAGAGCUGUAUCUGCGCCUACAUGAUGAGCGGGAAGAGCGUCUGCGCAAGCUCACACAGAAUAUCAGCUCUGCCCAUGCCAAUAAACCCAAAGGUCGCCAAGUAAAGAUGGCUUAUGUGAACUCUGUCGCUAAGCCCCCACGUGAUGUUCAACGGAGACAGAAGUUGUUUGGCACUAAAAACGGCUCCACCAGCACCAGUGUUAGUGCUUCAGCUCCUAUUCAAGUCAAAAUCAGAGCACCAAUGCCACAUAGCUCCUACAGCCAGUCGAGUGAUGGUGGCCAGUCUUCCUAUAGCAGUCCUCCUGAGCCAUCUCAUUCUCCUGCACCAAGCAGCAGUGCUGGUCAUAGCUUUAGAGACAAACCACAGGUCAAAAAAAUUGCCCCUAUGAUGGCUAAAACUAUCAAAGCCUUUAAAAACAGGUUUUCCCGGCGGUGAACGGUGGCGAAGGAUAGAAGAGAAAAAGCUUUUGUUUCAUGAGUAUUCAGUCCAUUCUCAUGUUAAAGUAACGCUUAAAGCUGCAAUGCCCGUGUUCCUCUUAUUUCCUUUGUAAAUGUAACUGUGGACAUGCAGAUCACUGGAAAACAAAGAAACAAACAAAAACACUUCUUGCCCAUAGGAUGUGAUCAUGUUCCUCUCUUUCAGAACAAUUACACACUGUACAGUACACUACAAUGGGACAUUAGAUUUUAUGCUUUUAUUUUGGUUAUUUAAUUGCAAAAAAAUUAAGGACAGAACAUCCAUAACAGUGUGAUUGUAAGUGUUUGUUGUUUCACUUUGAGUUUAUUCACAAUCAUGAAAACUUGUAUGCUACAAAAUCUGCCUGGAGAACGUGAGCAGGAUCGAGUCGGCGAUGAGACUCGACACAUCCACUCGACUAUUUAUUUUAAACUUAUAGUCCUGGUUUCCAUGAAUUUGGGCAAAUGGAAUUUGAGGACGACCAUCAUAAUAAUAAUUUUAAUGCAUUUUUAAAUAAAUGUUAUAUGGACACUUUUAAUAAAAAUGUACAUUUCCCCAGA